GCUUGACCGUUGCAUGUUCCAAGUCCACCACUUAAGUCUAACGUUGGCUGAGAUGAUUUUCUGCAAUCUGGUUUGUAUACCUCAAACAGACAUGGCUUUGUCGAUCAAACCCCAACUUGGUCAAUCGGACGCAUUUUUUCUAUCAAUUUACUAGUAUUGAUUUAUAACCAUUAAUACUGUUAAUUACAGAAAAUAGCUAGAAAACUCUAUUUAGUACUAUUUGAAAAUUAAUUAGUUGAAGAGCCUUGAUGCAUUCAAGCGGCCUUUGCUUACGUUGGAGAGAAACAUCCAUAGAUGAUGUGGACACGUGUGGACGCAGUAGAGAAGUCGCGUAGCUGAGUCCACGUCAGCACUCCGGCCGUCUCUCCCAACCCGAACACCACGGUUAACAAAAAAAAAAAAAAAAAAAAAUCACUUAUCAUUCAUUCUCAACAAGAGAAUAAUAAUAUAAAUAGACACCUUCUUCUCGCGAAACCCUAAUCUUCGAUUUCCGCUGCGUUCUUCCGAAUCUCCGUCGGAUCUCAAAUUCGUGUUCUCAGCUGCUGAAAUCUCCGGGGAAUGCAGAGAAGGUUUUGCUGCGAGGUGGACAACGGCUGGAAGGAGUCGUCCCUCUCUCAAGGGAUUGUCAUCGUCGGCCCUAAAGCAAGAACCAGGGACAAACCUUGGGAUCAUCAUCAUCAUCAUCUCUAGAUCUUUCAUCAUGGCUCGGAUCUUGAUUCAACGAGGAAGUUCUUCCAAUCCAAGCCACCGCUCCUCUUCUGCUUCAUCCUCUUCGUCCUCUGCCUCUGCCUCUGCCUCAGCAACAGAACCACCACCAGUGACUGUUUAUGAAGAUCAAGAUGAGGUUACUGUACUUGAAGAACAAGGGGAGUGUUCUGAUGCUAAGGAUGUUUCACCACUCCCCAGUGAUGAACCUUUGGAUAGAGAAGAAGAAGAAGAUGAAGAAGGUUUGAUUGUUUCGGAGAACGCUGUUGUUGUUGUUGAAGGUGAAGGUGUAGAUUGUGAUUCUCCGGUUAGUGGUGUUGAUGACCCUGAUUCACCACCCUUACCUGUUCCUCCUCCACCGAAGCCUUGUUCUAAUAGGAGAUCGGUCUUGGGGAGUUUUGGUGAUUUACAAAUUGGAGCAGCGAGAAGAGGGGCUGGAUCACAUCCUUCUUCUCCAAGAUCACAGAGUGAGAACGAAGGAUAUAACAGUUCUGAUGAGCAUACGCCAUCUUUUACGCCCUCUCAUGCAGGCUCUGGCUCGGAACGAGAACACCAGUUUGAAACCGAGAUUAGACAAUCGAAAGGCUUUGAAAUUAGGCGUAUGCUGGAAGAUGGGAACUGUCUCUUUCGGGCUGUUGCAGAUCAAGUAUACGGGGACUCAGAGUCAUACGACUUAACUAGACAAAUGUGCAUGGAUUACAUGGAACACGAGAGGGAUCACUUUUCUCAGUUCAUAACUGAAGGCUUUACCUCUUACUUGAAGAGGAAAAGAAGAGACAAGGUCUAUGGAAACAACGUGGAGAUCCAAGCUUUGGCAGAAAUGUAUAAUAGGCCUAUCCACAUUUACUCAUAUAGCACAGAGCCUAUCAACAUAUUUCAAGGGAGCUACAACACGGAUACACCUCCUAUAAGGCUGAGUUACCACCAUGGGAAUCAUUACAAUUCGUUGGUUGAUCCACAUCGGUUGACAGUUGGUGCAGGACUUGGAUUUAGUAGCCUGACUGGGAGACAAGUGGACGGGGAGCAGGUGAAAGCUGCUAUAAAGGCUCAGCAAGAACAUCAGAUUGAUAAUGCGCUCAUAGCAGAAGGGAGAUAUUACUCUGACCUUGAGCUUACUGAGAAGGAAAUAGAACGAUCUGUAAUGGAAGCAUCUCGUGCUGAGUAUCUUAUGGAACGGUCUAAACCACGAAUUGGUCCCAAGGAAUCAUCCACCUCUAAUGCUGGGACGUCGUCCUCUUCUGGAGCUACAGGACCUUCAGGCAGUGAUAGGAAACCAAUCGAGAAGACGGUGCUGAGCAGCAGCAUUGAGAUGGUUUUGUCGAUGGGGUUUAGCUACACGCAGGCCAUUGAAGCUUAUAGCAUUUUUGGGGACGACGUUGACUCUAUGGUCUGCUAUGUACUGGAGACGAGCUGUGGCAGCAAAAACCGACGCAAAGGCAAAGCCACAGAAUAGAGAAUGUAACCUGAGUUGUUCCUGUAUUGAUAUAUAGAACCUACCAAGGAAGUACCAACGUGUGGGAGAUUUAAAGUACACCCUUAAAUCAAAAUAAUGAAUAAACUUCCUGCAUAUUGGCAUA